CGUAAUUUGCGAACGACCUCUAGGAUUGCCCAAGACGAUUAAGAUCAACACCUAUGCUGAAAAAAUACAAUAGUUGCUCCCUCUUCGAAAAAAUGGCGACCUCCAUAGCACGGAAACUGUGCUCUAGCAGUGUGAAUGUCGGACAACAAUUAAAGUUAAACUGUUUUAAAUUGUGUAUCCGACGGGAACAGCAUAACUUAACGCCAGCAAGAUUUUUCACAACACCCGCAAUUAAAUACCGGUUAGUUCACAAUGUUUCUUUUAUUUUAAUUUAUUAAAAUUAAAAUGAUUAUCUAAUGAAAUGAAAUCAGAAAUGCUAUACUAAUUUAAAUCUAAUAAAAUUUAGAAGAAAAUAAAAACCAAACUCAAGCGGAGAUAGUAAAAGUAAGACUAGGUAAGUUAAGUCUAAUUAAAUUAGGUACUUGAGUAAAGUAAAGCAUGGGUGACUGUUAAAAAAAAACGAAAUGGAUGCGUACACACGACGUUUUCUCACAGAAACCAUUGCACAAUGCGCUUGGGACAGGAUUUGCGCUAUUUCAACGUUUUUUUUUUUUAUUUGUUGUUUUUUGUUAAGAAAUCGGCUUUGCCGGGGGCUGGAGUUGAGUUAUGGGCAGAGAGUUAACCAAAAAGGGGGCCUACACAAAUCACGGCUCUGGAUAGGGGUUGUCCACAAAGGAUGUCCCCACAACAAACGUACCUUUUGCAUCCCCCCCAAACCCGGAGAGUGGGGGUGCUGAUGUCCACCAGCAUUUUUUACUAACUGUGUAAGUGUAAUGCCAUUGUAAAACCAAUUCAAUAAUAUUUAAUUAUUGUUAAAAGACUUUUAAAAAUCACUGCAGUGUUUCGUAUUGAUCAUCAUGUUGUUUUGUGUUGAUAAUCGCUUGAUAUCACAAUGACAAUUCCUGGGACAACUUUAACUUCACGAUUUCAUUAUCAGUGUAUGUGAUUCUCUUCCCGUAAUGUAUUUGUGGCAUAAUUAUAUCUUGGUGCUAACAAAAUAGAUACACUGGCUUCCCAUUCAUUUUUACACCACGUCCCGAAGGAUCACAUACAAUGUUAUAAUUAUAAUUAAUAUAAUGCCCCCCCCCCCAAAAAAAAAAACAUAGGGGGGGGGGAAUAAUAAUUUCAAAUUAGCUACCCCUUUUAUUUCUACUAAGAUUCACAAUCAUAGGAUAAAACUUACAACAAUUAAUAAAUAUAUUUGUAUUUCAAUAUAUGGGGGGAAAUAAAGUGGUUAACUUUAAAAAUAAAUCAUGCUUUAACAUUACACCCCCAGCCCCCUCCCUUCCAAUAAAUAAUAAGCGUGGAACUUCCUCAAAGUCUUCCUCCCAAGGUACGAAAGUUUUCAGUUUUAACAGGAUUAUAACAUUAAAUCUACACAUACCGUUUAGGCCAUAAAGUUAAAGACUCGCAAAGACCAUGGUGUCUUUAAAUCGCUGCAGUGUACGCAGGCCACAGACAAUGAUUUACCUAGGUACACCACCGCAGUAUAUGCAGGCCAAAGUCAAUAGGUUCGCUAGGUACACCGCCAAAGUGUACGUAGUGCCGGCCUAAAAAAUGGUAAAAUUUGCACCGUAUAUGGUAUGAGAAUCGGCGUAUAUGGUAUGGGAAUCGGCGCAUACGGUAUGGGAAUCAGCGCAGAAGAAGCCGAGUUUUUAAUUUGUGGACAGUGGUGCUAUUUCAUUGGUUUUGAUGAAUGGAUUUGGUAAUCAAUUCAAUGAAUAAUUCAUCUUUUAUUAAUUGUAGUUAAGGUGAAGGUAUUUAUAUUUAUUAAUUUAAAAAAAAAAAAUUAUUAUUAAAUAAGUUAGUUAACAUGUCAUGGCAUAACAGAAAAUAUGUACUGGUACUUUGACAGUGAAAUUUUCAAAUUCUAAUAUUUCUAAAAAUAUAAAUGCAGUCAGAAUUGGCGCUGUGGCGCUAGGGAUGCAGAUGGUGUGUAAAAUAUUCUAAUUGGCGCCGAAACCAGAAUGGAAAUUGAGGUGAAAAUGAGACAUUUCAGUCCAAUCUUGGCUUCUGCAUGACUGCCAUGCAUAGUACACACCAUACGCUGGCCCUUAAUGCCAUUAACGCAAAACAGUUGAAUAGAGUAGAGACCAUUGAAUGGUUUACAAAAACACCAAGUUCAACUUUCUAGCUCAAGUGGCAAGUGGUUCAAAAGUUAUGAAUUAUUUAGUGCUGACCGCAAACUCAAGUACAUUUUUUAAAUUUACCAAUUAGUUUUAUUGUUAAUUUUUUUAAUACUUAUUUUGUUUUAGAUUCACAAGAUUAUAUGAUUGAAAAAUUUCAUUGAUUGCCUUCAGGCUCAUUGUAGGCUAAACAACAAAUAUAUUAAUUCUUGACCAUAAAACUAAAGUUAGGUAUAGCUAUACUAAUGGUAUCCAUUUCUAUAUCUUGUGGCCAUUUGGACUAUUCAAUACAGCACAGGGACCAAGUCAAGAGCUGCCUUACUAGUUAGUGGUACCUUAUCGUUUGCUUUGCUUGGCAUUAACUUCGGCAAGAAGGAUGAAGAAGCUGUGGACCCGCUGACACAAAAGUACAGAGAUGCCAGACUUGCACACAUGAGACAAGAUUUAAAGGAAGCUGAUAAUCUUUACCAUGAAUGCCUCAAGGUGACAUAUAAUAUUUCUUAUUUGUAUUGUUUUUGCUAGCAGCAGACCUGUUAACCCCUACACUUCCGCCAUAGUAACUAUGUUUUAAAUCCUAAUACUACGGCACAAUGACGAGCCAAAAAAAAACCAACGAUGUCAGGCUUUUUUUCGUUGUUUUUUUUUAGCGGUACAUAAAAAAAAUAAUAAUUGCGGUGUUUUCAGUAAAAUGUUACCGCAUUUUUGUGUGUGUUAACACUGUAAGCAAUCAAAAAAGAAAAUCAGUGAUUGACUGGCCUUUGUGUUCUCAGUCUUAAUGAGGCAACCAAAAUAUUUUUCUUUUAGAGGUUUCUCUUUGAUUGCCCAAGCGCUAAUCCACAUUUCGUAUGUUUUUGUAUUAUUUAAAAGCAAUGAUAUUUUAUAUCAGAAUGCCUUGGAAGUUUUUUCCUGUUCUCCUAUCAACAUAUUUAGGGGUAAGAAAAGUGUACAAUUAUUUUAUUAAAAUCAAUAAUUAUUUUGAUAUAGUUUUUCUAGCUUUUAAUUGUUAGAUAGCCAUUUUAAAGAAAAGAAAACUAUGUCAAUGUCAACUAUGUGUCAGAUGACCAAAAAUAAAAUGGUUAGUCUAUUGUCUACUAUACUAAGUUUUAGAUUAACAUUUACUAAGCUUAGAAUACUUUUUUCUCCAGUCUUACAGUAAGCCUAAUGAUAAUAAAAAUAUUAAUUCAAAUAAUAGUAAUAAUUGAAGCUUAUGGUAUGAGUCGUUAUUCUACCAUAUGCUAUGAUUAUGAUGAAAGUAGAGAAAACUUGUUUUUAAUCUUUAAAUUUAACAGUACUUUGUUAUCUUUGUAAUAGUCUCUUUUUUAAAAAUCUACAAUAUAACAGUAAUAUCUAGUAUGAUCUAGCCUAAGCCUUUCAGUACUGCUGGUGUGGGGCAUCGAUUUUUGCUCACUCAGCAAUAAAAAACUUAUUCCAUCUUUUUUUUAUAUAAAAAAAAUAAGCAACUUUUGGUAUUUUUCAUUCUGUAUCCGAUUGGCUGAUCAACUUCUCUAUAGAUUAAUGGAUAAAGAAAUAUAGAGCAUUGAAAUAUGACGUCGACGUGACGUCCUUGGUAUUUCAGAAAAGUUCUUUGCCUCUUUGUUAUGACAACAAUGUGACGUCCUUGGUAAGUGAAGGUGGGUGAUAGUGACAUCGCGUCGACGUCAUCGGUAAAGAAAGGGUUAAAAGAAUUAAAGGCGUAAUUUAUUUCAUUAAUUUCUUUUUUUGGUAGUUCACUAAUAACAAUGCAAAAUUAACACUAAAUGCCAUCAUUUCAAUUUUCAUUGUUCAAAAAAUUCUUGAUACCCAUUCUUCCACACUUCGCUGGCUCAGUCCUACAUCACUGCACGGGCCUGUUUUAGUAUCUCUUCCAUAUUAAUACUGGUAUAAAUGGUAUAAUAGUCUAUAUGAUAUAUGUUCUUCUAUGAGCCUAAUAUGAUAAUUUAUUAAUUCUUUUUUUGUUUAUUUAUUCAGGGUCUAGGGUUAAUAAAAUAAUGCCUAACAGCAUCUUUUAAAACUGAUGAUGGUUAGGAGAACAAUCAACAUUGAACAAGUCAUCACUGCUACACUCUGAUAAAUUUAUUGAUAUUAAGCAAAUUUGUCGGACAGUCCUCAUGUGCCAUUUGGAGGCAAAAAAUGUUUAAGAAAAGACAGUCAUUUUAAUCACCCACCUCAGGUGUCCACUUCUGGAACCUCUCAGUCAACUCUUAAUUUAUGUUUCCAAAUAUGAAACCCUGAUUGCAGAGCUUUUAUUGACACUAAAGUGUGUUUACUCUAACUGUUCAUUUUCCUCGCAAGAAAAAUACAUGGACUCCGUAAAUGAAAAGAUGUUUUCUUCUUGUGGUAGCUAAAUACGUGUUCUAGAUCCAACAGAGACUGGACACAUUACUAAACUUUUUCAGGACUUUCAAAAUCUAGGCAAAAAAUCGUAAAAUCUUUUUAAAUAAACCGAUAAAAAAAUUUGCGCUAUUGCUAUGAAAUUUAAUAAUAUAUACAUGUUAUUCAUCUUUAUGGGUAAAUUUUGUUUUUGGGUUUCAAUAUUGUUUUUACUUUUACAAAUAUAAAUCUCAUACUUAUUUUCAUAUUACGGGGAAAAAAAACUGUUGUGUUUACUCUAACUGUUCAUUUUCCUCGCAAGAAAAAUACAUGGACUCCGUAAAUGAAAAGAUGUUUUCUUCUUGUGGUAGCUAAAUACGUGUUCUAGAUCCAACAGAGACUGGACACAUUACUAAACUUUUUCAGGACUUUCAAAAUCUAGGCAAAAAAUCGUAAAAUCUUUUUAAAUAAACCGAUAAAAAAAUUUGCGCUAUUGCUAUGAAAUUUAAUAAUAUAUACAUGUUAUUCAUCUUUAUGGGUAAAUUUUGUUUUUGGGUUUCAAUAUUGUUUUUACUUUUACAAAUAUAAAUCUCAUACUUAUUUUCAUAUUACGGGGAAAAAAAACUGUUGUGUUGUAAUAGUCAUGAAUUUUUUAGCUCACUUAUGCGUAAACGGGCAAGCAAGUCUGUGCAGUCAGUGCCUUUUGUGCUUGACCUUUUCUCAUCCUUAAGAAAAAAGUCAGAGAACUAUAUCUCGUAAAUUUAUUAUGUUAUAUUUAUAAGCAGUUGAGUGGAUUUCCUGUCACAAAUCGUAUUUUGAUUGCAAACCAGCCACCCCCCCCCCCCGACCAAACUACUCUUUGGAGCUUGAAACUAUGUUUUUGAGAGGUUAAAAUUACUCUGACACUAACCCAGGGGUAAAAAAGUCUGUUGCAGUAUUCCACAGUAGUUUGGUUAUUUGGUGAUUUAGAUUUUAUUGUGUUGAUCAAAUAGAUAAAAAAAAUUGCAUUUUUGUUUAACCUCAGCUGGCAAGUCAUCUUGUGGAAGCGAAAGAUAUAACAGAAGAAAAGUUUCUUACUGCUCGUAUUCUAAUGUAUGAUGGCUUGGCUGAUAUUGCAAUGCAGACUGGUCAAAUAGAGACAGCUGAGGCCUUGUAUAAGGACACAAUGAAAGGUUGCUUGCAGCAGGUAAACUAAAUUGAAAUUAAGUUAUUACUUUUUAACCCUAUAACUGUCAUAAUGGCCGAUGAUCAGGCCUUAUACCCCUGUCUGUGGUGCCGUGGCCGAUAUAUCAGCGCUAGCAAAAUCGUCAUUAAAAAUGUGAAUUGAUUUAAUGUAAAUUGUUAAAGGGGAAAUCACUCCAUAUAAAUGAGUUUGCUUCCUAUUUCUGUUACUAUCAGUGUGUUUACUUGGUUUUUUUUGGAGUAUUAAUUAAUAAAUAAAUGGAUUUAAUAACUUCAAAUGAAAAGGAAUUUUUGAACUCAAAUUCACCAAUAUUACACUUUCCAAUAUAAGUAACUAUAACUUGACAUUUUCUGAAAGGAUGUUGCUUCUAUUAAAAAAGAAACUUGAUUUUAUGAUAGUUUAUACAAUUUAUGGAGUAUAUAGGGUGUGUCGAAUUCAGAAAUUGAGUACUAAAAUUUUACUCGCUCUGUAAAGGUCGAGGUCAAUAUAAACAUGCAUAAUAUAAAAACAAAUUCUUUCAUACCAUAACAUACCUUGUCCAAUUUACUUUCAGAAAAUAUUUGUAAGGGUCUCUGAAUUCAUUUAAUUUGUGCUUUUUGUCAUUUUUGAUAAGCAUAUGAAAUAGCUAAAAAUGGCUUGACGCUAUAGAAAUUUUUUUGACAGUCAUAGGGUUAACUAUGUGAAUCGUUCUCCAAAAAUUUUAUUGUUGUGUUUAAAUACAUGAUAAAAUGCAUUAUUGUGCAUAUUUGUAAAUAAAGCUUUGUAAGAAGGUAAAAAAAAGUGUUUCCUAUAUGAAAUAAUUAUUGUUGCAUUAAAUUUGCCUUAUUACAUCAGUAUCCUGCUAUUUAAUGAUUUUUGUCUUCCAUUUUUCUCAACAUUAGGGAAUGGACAUUAACCAUAACACCAUAGUAGAAAUUUCCUUGAAGUUAGCAAGUAUUUAUGCCAUCAUUGGAAAAAAGCAAGAAGCUGAAGCUGGCUAUCUGUUUUGUAUACAGACGCAAACUCCAAAACUAAAGACCAAAAUGAAACAGGCCAAGGAUGCCGGCAUACGACCAGACUUGGAUGAACAAGAAAAGGAUACAGCUGCCUUGCUUGGAAUGGCUUUAGGGAGCUACGGACGAUUUUUAUUGUAUGAGAAACGCUACACGGAGGCCUUGCCCAUGUUCAAACAGGCAUGUGCAUAUGCUGAUUACAUCCUAGGCCCCAAGUCUAAUCAGUACAUUGUUGUUUUAAAUGAUUUAGCAACAUUGUAUAUUGUCACAAAUCGGUUAUCUGAAGCAGAGCAGUUACUGGAAGAAGGAAUCAUGCUGUCCAAUAAUUUUGACCUGGCUGAAGGUGCAGCCCUGUAUUGUAAUUUAGGUGCUGUUCAUCUGAGAAAGGGGAAGAUUCCAGAGGCAACAAAAACCUGCCAAUUGGCUCUAGAGUUUGCUAAAAAGUUUGACCACAAAAUGGCUUAUCAAAUGGCUGAAUCUUGUUUGAAGAAAUGUGAAAGUUUAAAAUCGGGUAAGCCCACAGAAGAGUGAGAAAAAAAAGCUUUGAGACAAAUGGCUUUUUCCUAUGUUUCCCAUGUUUGCAUCUUCAUUUCUGUUGCUUGUAAACAUUGAUAUUAACUAUCAGGUUUUUAAAGAAGAAUGUCUAAAGAACUGUGAUGUAUGUUUCAAUUUUUCAUUGUUAAUGAUUUAUUUAUUUAAUUAUUUGAGUCAGUAAAAUUAGAUAUUUUUUUUAAAAUGUGCGAAUUAUAUGAUGGUCGAUUUCCCUUGUAUUUUUAAAUAUUAUAUUAAACAAUUACUGCUUGGCAUAAUUUGACCAACAGUAUGAUAUUACUAUUAUUAGACUACUUGUUUUCAUUCAUUUUAAUAUUUCAAUCAUUUUUUAAACUUUUUUCUCAUUCAAUUUCUUUAUUGAUUAUUUAUAGCUUUUUUCAUAUUGUUUAAAAUUGUAUUAUUAUUAUAAUAAUUGAAAUGCAGACAUUAGUAUAGUGUUUUAAUCUUUAAUUUAAAUACUUUUUGAACAAUGAUGAUGAACUGUGAUAAUUUUUGAAUGACUAAUAAGAUUUAAGCUUUUGUAAUUGGGAUUCAGAGCAUCCAUUAUCAGAUGAACAGAAAUUUAUGAUGGUCGUUGUUGGUUGCUGCACUAAUUUUGUAAUUAAAUUGUUGAAAUCAAAACAUUUUUUUAUUUAAGUUUACUGUCAGUUAAUCCUUUGCUAAAAAUUUACCAUACGAUUACUGACAGAUUAGACAAUGUGAGUGUCCUAACCAAACAAUGACAGGGAUAAAUAUAUAAUUUAUUUAGAGCAUAAUAUUUGGGUAAGGCAAAAAAAAAACCAUAAUAAUAAUGUAGGAUGAUGGUUUGAAAGGUGAGCCAGUAAUAUCUUGUUUCAGUUUUGAUGAAAAGCUUGAUUAGAAACUGACUGGAGGAAAAUGUUCUGCCAUCAUUUUACAUGUAGAAGUUUUUUUUAGUUUUUUUAUUAGCCAAUAUUAUUAUGGAAUGUUCACAAAGGCUUCUCAUAAACAUCUGGGAACUGUUGUUAUUCCAUUUAACACUAAAUUCUGCCAAAACUAGUUGCAUGAGAAGCUCUUUACUUUUUGCCUUACAUAAAUUGUAACUGCAUUUUGAGAUACUUUUGUUUUUUAAUACAAGCCAAAAGUUGCCUACUGCCAAUUAUUUUGUCAAUGUACUGACGGGGCAAUGAUUAAUCAUUAUUUUAAAUCAUAGCUUACAUUUAUGAGAAUUAUGAUCAUUUAAGAGUUGAGUACUUUGUAAUAGUUCAACAUUCAAGAAAUUACACAACAGAGGCGUAGAAAUGGAUGUAACAUGACACAUAAUCAGUUAUGAAUGCAAUGUAAUUUAUUAGAUGCC